UUAUAUAAAAGAGGUCGAGUACUUCUUUGUUGUACUCACCAGCCUACAACUUCAGGUCGCGAGCUCCAAAUCACUUCAGACUCUACAGUCAAGCAAGAUGGUCCACCUCACGUCUCUUCUCCUAGCCACGGCUGCCGUCGUGGGCAGCGUUUCUGCUGCGCCAGCGCCUGACGCCAACCCCUGGGAGGGCAAGGAUCGCCACGUUGUCUCCAGCUAUGGCAAGAAGCUUGACGAGACCAUCGCAGCGUUCACUGCCCAGAACGAUACUCUCAACGCGGCCCGCACCCGUACCGUCGCCGAGAAAAUCUCGACCUUCACAUGGAUCACAUCUCGCGCUCAUCUUAGCAACAUCACAUCCACCAUCGCCGAGGCCCGUCAGCAGAAGAAGAAGGGCAAGGAUAUGGUUGUCGGGCUUGUCCUUUACAACCUCCCGGACCGUGACUGCUCGGCUGGCGAGUCUGCCGGCGAGCUGAGUCUCGACAAGGACGGAUUCCGGAUCUACAAGUCCCAAUUCGUCGACCAGUAUGCCAAGCUGGUCAAGGAGGCCAAAGACCUGACCUUCGCCAUCGUCCUCGAGCCUGAUAGUCUCGGCAACGCGGUCACCAACCAGGGUAUCGCCGGUUGCGCAAAGGCUACGCCCUUCUACGAGGAGGGCAUCGCGUACGCGAUCUCUAAGCUGCAAGCACCCAACCUACACCUGUACAUCGACGCCGCGCACGGCGGCUGGCUGGGCUGGGCCGACAACCUGCAGCCGACGGCCGACGUGUUCGCGCGCGUCCUUGCCCUCGCAAAGAAGCGCGACUCCAAGGCCAAGAUCCGCGGCUUCGCAACCAACGUCAGUAACUACAACGGCUUCAACGCCAAGGUGCGCGAGAACUAUACCGAGUGGUCGCCCUCGUGGGACGAGUCGCACUACGCGACUGCGCUCGCGCCGUUCCUCGAGACCGCCGGCCUGCCCUCCAAGUUCAUCAUCGACCAGGGCCGAGUUGCGCUGCCUGGCGCCCGUGAGGAGUGGGGCGAGUGGUGCAAUGUCGAGCCUGCAGGGUUUGGCAUUACGCCGACGACGAAGACGGAUAACCCGCACGUGGACAGUAUCGUGUGGAUCAAGCCCGGUGGUGAGAGUGAUGGCAGGUGUGGGCUUGCGGGUGCGCCGGCGGCGGGAGCCUGGUUUGACUCGUAUGUGCAGAUGCUGGUCAAGAAUGCUGACCCGCCGUUGGAGCCGACUUAUAAGAAGGCCUAGAUUGGAGCUGC